AUGGGCAAUCAGCAGGAGUUAAUCAACUUAAAGUUAGCCUAUAAAGCUAAAGACAACGAAGCUAUAAAAAUCAUUUUGGAAAGUAAAACAAUAGUAGAUUUGGUUCUUAAAAAUGGAAUUAAUGCAUUGAUGUUAGCCUCUACAAAUGGAGACUGUAAAAGUAUAAAAACACUCAUUGAACUGGGAGCUAAAGUAAAUCAGGCGGAUAAUCAUGGAUGUACCGCAUUGAUGUUAGCCUCUAAAAAUGGAGAGUGUGAAAGUAUAAAAACACUAAUUAGAAAGGGAGCUGAAGUAAAUCAGGUGGAUAAUCUUGGAUGUACCGCAUUGAUGUUAGCCUCUAAAAAUGGAGACUGUAAAAGUAUAAAAACACUCAUAGAAAAGGGAGCUAAAGUAAAUCAGGCGGAUAAUCUUGGAUGUACCGCAUUGAUGUUAGCCUCUAAAAAUGGAGAGUGUGAAAGUAUAAAAACACUCAUUGAACUGGGAGCUAAAGUAAAUCAGGCGGAUAAUCUUGGAUGUACCGCACUGAUGUUAGCCUCUAAAAAUGGAGACUGUAAAAGUAUAAAAACACUCAUUGAAAAGGGAGCUAAAGUAAAUAAGACGGAUAAUCUUGGAUGUACCGCAUUGAUGUUAGCCUCUAAAAAUGGAGAGUGUGAAAGUAUAAAAACACUCAUGGAACUGGGAGCUGAAGUAAAUCAGGCGGAUAAUCUUGGAUGUACCGCAUUGAUGUUAGCCUCUAAAAAUGGAGACUGUAAAAGUAUAAAAACACUCAUAGAAAAGGGAGCUAAAGUAAAUAAGACGGAUAAUCUUGGAUGUACCGCAUUGAUGUUAGCCUCUAAAAAUGGAGACUGUAAAAGUAUAAAAUCACUCAUUGAAAAGGGAGCUAAAGUAAAUAAGACGGAUAAUCUUGGAUGUACCGCAUUGAUGUUAGCCUCUAAAAAUGGAGAGUGUGAAAGUAUAAAAACACUCAUUGAAAAGGGAGCUGAAGUAAAUCAGGCGGAUAAUCUUGGAUGUACCGCAUUGAUGUUAGCCUCUAAAAAUGGAGAGUGUGAAAGUAUAAAAACACUCAUUGAAAAGGGAGCUGAAGUAAAUCAGGCGGAUAAUCUUGGAUGUACCGCAUUGAUGUUAGCCUCUAAAAAUGGAGAGUGUGAAAGUAUAAAAACACUCAUUGAAAAGGGAGCUGAAGUAAAUCAGGCGGAUAAUCUUGGAUGUACCGCAUUGAUGUUUGCUUCUAAAUGUGGACUCAGACAGGCGGUUGAAAUGUUGUUAGAAAAAGGAAAUAUACAUGCAGUUACCCAACACGAGAGGACUGGAAAAAGCAAAAAAAAAGAUGUUACAGUUUUAGUUGAUACCAUUUGUAAAAUUGAUACAUCGGAUUUUGAUGGUUUGGAUGCUUUGAUGUUAGCUUCUAUGAACGGAUACGAAGAAGUUGUAGACAUUUUAUUAAAAAAUAAAGCUAAAGUAAAUAAAGUUCAGUGUGACGGUUUGACAUCAUUAAUGUUGGCCUGCAAACAUGGACACAAGGAAGUUGUUAAGAAAUUAACAGAAAAUAAAGCUGAUGUAAACAUUGUUGAUGGAAACGGAUGGAGUGCAUUAAUGUUAGCAUCCAAAUAUGGACACAAGGAAGUUGUUAAGCUUCUAAUAAAAAAUAAAGCUGAUGUAAAUAUUGUUGAUGGUAACGGAUGGAAUGCAUUAAUGUUAGCGUCCAAAUAUGGACACAAGGAAAUAGUUGAACUGUUAAUAGAUAGUUUUAUUAAAAAAAAAAAGAAAUCAAAAGAAACUUCAAAAGAUCAAAAUGAAACUCAAAAAGAACAAAAAGAAUCCCCAAAAGAACCAACAGAAACCCCAAAAGAACAAAAAGAAACCCCAACAAAUAAAAAAAAAAGCAACUGUAAACUUGAUACUACUAACAAAGCUGGGUACACUGCUUUAAUCAUUGCGUCCCAAUGCGGACAUGAACAAAUAGUAGAUAUAUUAAUAAAAAAUGGAAGUAAUGUUACAAGCAUUGAAAACAACGGCAGGACGGCUUUAAUGAUAGCAUCUGAAUAUGGAAGAGAAAAGGUUUUCACAACUUUAAUAGAAAAUGGUAGUGACGUAAAUAAUUUUGAUUUUGAUGGCAGUAAUGCGUUAAUGUUAGCCUCAAAAAACGGACACAAAAAUAUUAUACAUUUACUAAUUGAUACAGAAGCUGAAGUAAAUAACGCUCGAUUUGAUGGUCGAAAUGCAUUAAUGUUAGCAUGUCAUGAAGGACAAAAAGCAACUGUUGAAUUACUAAUUAGAAAAAAGAUAUCUGUUAAUGCAGUGGACAAACAGCAAUGCAAUGCCUUGAUGAUAGCUUCAAUGAGAGGAUAUGACAAAAUUGUAUCACUACUGACUGUACACAUAGAGAAAAUUGACGCGUUUGACAAGGAUGGUUGGACGGCCUUAAUGUUUGCUUGUCACGUGGGGUAUGAGAAAGUUGUUGAUGUUUUGCUGGGUAAAAAUGCUAGAGUAGAUGUUAAAGAUAAAGAUGGAUGGAAUGCUAUAAUGAUUGCCGCUGAGCGAGGACACGCAAAUAUCAUAGGCAAAUUAAUAGCACAAAGAGAAGAACUGGUCGCUAAGAAAAACAAGGAUGGAUAUACUGCAUUAAUGCUGGCUUCGCAGAAUGGACAUGCCAAGUGCGUAAAGCUUUUGUUACCAAAUUCAAACAUUAAUGAUUGCGAAAAUCUUGGAAAAUGGAAUGCAUUAAUGUUAGCCUCACAUAAAGGAAGUUUCAAGUCAGUGGAGCUAAUUUUAAACACACCAAAUAUAGACAUCGGUGCGUUUGAAGCUGGGGGAUACAACGCGUUAAUGAUAGCUGCACAGAAUUCUGAUAAACACAUAAAUAUUGUAGAAGCUCUAAUUAGAAGAGGAAGCAGCGUUAAUUCGGAAAAUAAUUAUUCCCCUGAACAACUAGAAAAUGAAUGUUUUGCUUUCAAAGUAACAAAAGAUAUAAAAUUCAACAACAAAGAUAGGAUGGUUUGCAGUUAUGAUACUUAUGGUGAUUUAGGCAUCAGUGCUAGAUCAUACAUCAACAAGUCUUCCACUUCACAAACAAACUGGUACGAAGCCAGUAAACAAUCUCUGUGUGUAGACAAACAGCAGCGCUGCAAGAACUUGCGCAACUUACCAGGUGUUGAAAUAUCUCUGUGGGGGUUGAGUUAA